UCCUCGAGGGUGCGAACCACCGCCGACGACGACGAUGAUCGCGACGGGCGGCGAUCGGCGUACUUGUUGGAGACGGAGGCGCCGAUUGGCGGUGGUGGCUGUGCUAUCCGCGGUUUUGGCGCUCGCGAUGGGCCCCUCGUCGUCCUGGGGCCACAGACCGGCGCCGAGCAACCCGAUUAUAUUCCCCACCAGCACGCUCCUGCCGCUCGUGCGGCUGGACAACAACGGUGUGCCUGUGUACGAUCGCAAUAACAGCAACAACGUCAACAACGGCGGUCUCAGCAACGCCGCAGGCUACGACGGGCACAAUAGGACUAACGAUAACGCGACGGACGUCAAGAGGCCGCUCUUCCCCGAAGAUCUCUUUACUAAUGACCAACGGCGCCGUGGCGCCGUUGUACUCCAUAUACUCGGCGUUGUGUACAUGUUCGUCGCGCUUGCGAUCGUCUGCGACGAGUUCUUCGUGCCAUCGUUGGACGUGAUCAUCGAGAAAUUCGAGAUCGCCGACGACGUGGCCGGUGCCACCUUCAUGGCGGCUGGUGGAUCGGCGCCCGAACUCUUUACAUCGAUCAUAGGCGUGUUCGUGUCGUUCGACGACGUCGGUAUCGGCACUAUCGUCGGUUCCGCCGUUUUCAACAUCCUCUUCGUGAUCGGCAUGUGUGCUAUAUUCUCGCGUACGGUGCUGUCGCUCACAUGGUGGCCUCUGUUCCGCGACUGCACCUUCUACAGCGUCAGUCUGCUCACCCUGAUCUACUUCUUCCGCGACAGUCACAUACACUGGUACGAGGCGCUCGUGCUGUUCGGAUUCUACUUGGGAUAUGUAAGCUUUAUGAAGUGGAACCAGCAGACGGAGAGGUUCGUCAAGAGGAUAAUCUACAGAAACAGAGUGACCCGGGUGAGGUCUACCGAUCAGCUGAUGCCCUCGCACCAGAGCGCCGCCCAGGCAUUGCAGCAUCCGAACGCGACCAACAGUAGCGAGACGAGCGUGGGUGGCGUGUCGGGUGCGUGCGGAAGCAGCGGCAUACCGGCGCCCGGGGAGGCCGGAUGCAGCAGCAGGGGCGGCAGCAGCAGCGGUGCCGGCGGCACGGGUACCGGACAGGGUUGCGACCAGGGUGCCCACGGCGGAGGCACGUCCUCUCAUACGCGGGAGAGCCACGCCAAGUUCCGGCACGGCCUGCUGCAGCUUAUGAUCCACACGAUCGAUCCGCUCCACGACGGCAAGGUGGACGAGAAAGCGACGCAGCUGCACGCGAUAGCGUCGCUGAAGGUGCUGCUGGACGCCACGAGGCCGCACAACGGCGCCGCGACGUCGACCGCGGCCCAUUAUUCCGGCGCGCCCUCGAAGGAGACGACGCUGCAGCUGCAGCAGGGCUCGCAAGGCACCACCACGACCACCACGACUACGACCACUACCGCCGGCACCACCGCCGGUAUUCAGGAACUUCCGAACGGCGGUAUUGCCGUCGGUAUCGACGCUGGCCUCGAAUCGGGCGAAGAGGAUGAACCUCCGGAGGCCUUGGACAUGGGCUGGCCUAGCAGCCCGAGGAAAAGGUUAACCUACAUCUUGGUCGCGCCAAUCUUAUUUCCCCUUUGGUUGACGUUACCGGAUACGAGAACACCCAGAGGGAAGAAGUUCUUCCCGGUGACGUUCAUCGGCUCGAUCUUCUGGAUCGCGGCGUACUCGUAUCUGAUGGUCUGGUGGGCGAACGUCGCCGGCGAUACGGUGGCUAUACCGCCGGAGGUGAUGGGCCUGACGUUCCUCGCAGCGGGCACCAGCAUACCGGACCUCAUCACGAGCGUGAUCGUCGCGAGGAAGGGAUACGGCGAUAUGGCGGUGUCGAGUUCUGUCGGCAGCAACAUCUUCGACGUAACCGUUGGGCUUCCGGUUCCAUGGCUCCUGUACGGCUUGAUCUACGGGAAACCCGUGGAGGUGAACUCGGUAGGCAUGGUGUGCAGUAUAGCGAUACUGUUCUGCAUGCUGCUGUUCGUGAUCAUGAGCAUCGCCUGCUUUAAGUGGCAAAUGAACAGGGGUCUCGGCUUCACGAUGUUCAUCCUCUACUUCGUCUUCGUCGCCGUCUCGCUGAUGUUCGAGUACCAGCUGUUGAUCUGCCCUGUGUAGGACCGCCAAGACAACAGCCGUGGCAGGCGGGCUAAGCGGAAGGAAGCAUUCCCCUCCGGCGGUAUAUCGCCGGGGACGGGGGAAACACGUCUGCGGAUGGACGUAUACACACACACACACACACAUAUACACAGGUUUACGGGUCUCGUCAUUAUCAUCGUCGUCGACAGGUUCCGGCCGACGAGAGAGAAACUCUUCCCCCGCGGUCGUCCCGCGGCUUCGAGUCGAGGAAAGGAAAAACCGUGCCAGUCUUACACACGCACACAUACACACACACACACACACACAAUUUUCCUUCUCGAGCGCGAGCGAGCGCCGAAGCGUGCGCGCGCUCACGUGCGAAGGAAAUUCGAACGGUCGAACGGCAAUAGCACCACCACCUCCGCCAUCAUCACCACCACCAUCAUUAUCAUCAUCACCACCACCACCACCGUCACCGGCACACUGAUCCACCGAUGUCAUCGAGUCACAGAGCAGUUUACGUAUCGCGCAUAAUACGAGGUGUCUUGUUCUAGUCGAGGUGUACAUAUUGUAUAAAUCUUGAAAUACCUGAAAUGAAAUACUCGUCUUGUUACAUAAGGAUAAUCAGUCGAGCGCGGCACUCCUCGAGCGCUCGAGUGCGCUACACUCUAUUUAGGCGCGGCGAGCGCGUUAGCCGAUCGUGCCAAGGACCAAACGAGUAACUUCGUAUAAUUCCGCAGGGGAGUCACCCGGCAAAGUUCGUGUCUCACCUCCCCCCCUUCGAGCGUCUUCUACUCCUCCUUCUUCUUUUUCGUCCGCUGGAUUCUCCGUGUUACCGGGCGAGCGAGCGGCUCAGCGCGCGAAGCGGAUCGAUACGAGUCGCGUCGCUACUCGCUACCGGCUACUCAUUAUGAAUUCGUCGUUGAUCCAAAAGAUUUCGGACUUACCCAAGCGACGGUUUGAACAGAGCGAGGUGUUCAGGCGCAACGACUUUCCACUUGCGAGGAGCGCCUUCGUCGGAGCGCAGCGUCUCCCUCGGGCGUAGCCGCAGCCACGUUAUUAGCAAUAAGCAGCGCCAAACCCUCGAGCGACGGCGAUGCCGAACUGUCGGAUUUUUUCAAAUGCAGAGUCACCGCGAUGUUUGUACAAAACGCUCCCGUAGGACCCUCUUGUUUGACUCCUUGGCACGCUCACGUCCGAAAAUGAUAUAUAUAUAUAUAUAUAUAUAUAACGUUACCCCCCCCUAGAUGAGGUGGCCUGACCGCUCGCCGAUUUUUCUCUAAAGCAGGACUCUCUUCGCCUCUACUAAUUGUAGGAUAGCGUUAUUAUAAUUUCUCAUUAUGUCGCGCUGUCACGGAAUACAACCCGACCCAGCGGUGUGCUGUCCGGCGUUUCGUUUCGACGAGUGAGCAGAAGGUGUCUGCUCGAGCGGCCGCGUACGUACGCGCGCGUACGCGUCACGCUUGCGCGUCUCUCUCCUCCGUUACUUUGGCGUAAAGGUAAAAAAAGAAGAGGAAAAAACACGGUAACACUGUAGAGCAUAAAACUGUAGAGAGAAUCAAAACGGUGUCGUCGAAGCGGGAAGUUGCUCGUCCGGGAAAUCGUCUCGUUUCUCGCCGCAUUUCGUUCUUCCCGCGGUCAUCGUUUCUCCCCCGCAAAUUAUACGAUGCACACACAAGUGUCGAAGUGAAAACUGUUCUGUUUGCUCGUUCCGAAGGAAUUCCACGCUCGUAAAAUUGUUUCAGACGCCGCCGAGAGUCUCCGUAGCGAGCGUCGUUCGAUCGAACGACGCGAUCCACAGACACCGAUAAUCACAUCUCGAACAAAACGGCUGACCAUCGCACCAGUUUUGCAGAGAGUUUCGCGCGGAACCCGAUGCCGCUGUUGAUACGCGAAUAAGAGAGAUCUGCCGAUGGAAGGAGGCGAUAACGGUGAUCAAACCAUUCGAGAUGUCGACCGGCACUGAGAAUCAACUCGUUUUUCCUUUCGUUGCGGUAAAUCAUUAUCACGUUUGCAAGCUCGAGUAAGGUUCUCGAGCAAAAUCAAGGGGAAUACGUUCAUCGUAACGCGUAGCGUUAAUUUACAGCGGGACCGGGAAGGUACAAUUAAUUACCCGUUAAUUGUGCAUUUAGAGACAUCGUUCGAUUCGGAAGUAAGCGUGUUCUUACGACCGACCAUAUUUCCGCUGCUUUAAAACGUCGCUUUAUGAAGUGCUUCGAUUCAGUCGUCACGCCGACCUAAAAGCGAGUCUCACUCAGUGCCGGUCAAUGCGAGGCGAAUUCGUCCCGACGAAUGAAGCGAGAGAAAGCGUCAUUCUUUCUCUCUCUCUCUCUCUCUCUCUCUCCCUCUCUCGUUCGCGCAGACACCUGCAUCCGGUUCCGAGCGUGUUACCUUUCAAAUACAAUUACUGUUACGACUCUACUACAAUUACUACUACUGCUACUACUAUUACUACUACUGUUACUACUAGUACUAC